AUGAAUAAUCUUUAUAACAAGGUGGAUAUGGUGACAGAAGAACCGAAAUGGAAUGUAAAUAAUCCAGAUAUACCUAAACAUGCGGGCAAGAUUACUGGCACUGACAAGUUUGAUGCGCAGUUUUUUGGAGUCAGUUAUCAUUUAGCAUGUGCUUUAGAACCUAUGGCAAGAAAACUGCUGGAACAUGCUUAUGGAGCCAUAUUUGAUUCAGGUACAAAUCCUCAAUCGUUAAGAGGCAAAAGAGUGGGAGUAUUUGUUGGCGUAAACUUCACAGAUAACAGUACUUUAUCAAUGUACAAUGUAAAUAAACGAACUGACUUUGUAAUAAAUGGAUGCAGCAAAGCUAUGUUAGCCAACCGCAUCUCAUACUGGAUCGAUAGUAAAGGUCCAUCAUACGGUUUAGAUUAUGCCUGCUCAGGUUCCACUGCCUGUUUGGAAAUAGCUUACAAGUCUAUUAAAUCUGGAGAAUGUGAUGCUGCAAUUAUCGGUGGAUGUAAUUUUGGACUACAUCCUACUUUAGCUGCAAAUUUAAGAAGAGCGGGUUUAUUAUGCUUGGAUGGAAAGACAAAAUGCUUUGAUAAGAACGGUGAUGGUUACGUAAGGGCGGAUGCUAUUAAUGUGAUUUUCUUACAAAAAGCCAAAGAUGCACAUAGAAUUUACACUCAAGUAUACCAUGCAAAAGGUAUCUACAAAAUGAGACCAGACGCCCAGUUCUUGCCGUACCGAGAAUCUGAAGAUAUUGAGAAAUUCCUUAAUGAAUUCUAUAAGGAGACAAAUGUGGAUCCUAAGCGCAUUGAAUAUGUUGAAGCUCAUGCUGCAGCCAUCGCAAAGGCAGAUGAAAAUGAACUGAGAGCUAUUGGAAACAUUUUCGCAAAAGAAAAUUCAAUCAAAGUUGGAAGUGUGAAAUCUAAUAUGGGAAAUAGUGAGUCAGCUUCUGGAAUAUGUGCUCUUACUAAGCUCUGUCUAGCCUAUCACCAAGGCAAGUUACCAGGCAACCUCCAUUAUAAUGACCCUCAAGAUAAUGUACCUGCAGUAAAAGAUGGAAGAAUCCAAGUGGUGACUGACAAUGCAGAUUUUAACAGAGGAUUCACUGCGAUGAAUAACUUCUCCUUCUCUGGUGCUAACUUCCACAUACUUCUGAAAGGACUGUAUAAAGAAAAGAAUCUACAAAAGUAUGAAUGCCAAAUUCCUCGUCUAGUUUUAGCAUCUGGUAGAGAAGAGACAUGUGUGCAUAAAAUUAUAGACAUUUUGAAGAGUCAUCCUAUAGACGCUGAAGAGAUUGGUCUUCUACAUAAAAUAUUUGAGUACGAUAUACCUGGACAUACUGGACGAGGAUACACUAUUCUUGAUACCAAUGAGAACCAUGAAACAGUAAGCAUAGCAGAGAGUGCAGAUUACUAUCCAGGGUUAAAACGUCCUCUGUGGUUUGUCUAUAGCGGUAUGGGUUCUCAAUGGGCUGGAAUGGGAGCUGAUCUGAUGAGGAUACCAAUAUUUGCCAAAGCUAUUCAUAAGUGUCACAAAGUAUUGGAACCAUUAGGCCUAAAUCUUAUACGGAUUGUCACUGAACCAGACAAUAGUAUAUUCGACAAUAUUCUGAACGCGUUCGUUGGCAUCGGUGCGAUACAAAUUGGCCUGACUGAUGUCAUUAAGGCUAUGGGGAUUGUUCCUGAUUAUAUUAUUGGUCACAGUUUGGGUGAAAUGGCGUGUGCAUAUCACGACAAUACAUUUACUGCUGAAGAGCUGAUCCUAGCUACGUAUAGUCGAGGCAAAGUGUGUUUGGAGACUGACCUCAUAAAGGGAUCAAUGGCUGCUGUUGGUGUUGGAUAUCAAGCUAUUGUAAAUCAAUGUCCACCAGAGAUAGACAUAGCCUGCCAUAAUAGCCACGAAUCCUCCACCAUAUCUGGUCCAGCUGACAAAAUGACAGAGUUCGUUGGAGAAUUAACCAAACGCGGUAUAUUUGCUAAGGAAGUUCCCUGUGCCAAUAUAGCGUAUCAUUCGAGAUACAUUGCGCAAUGUGGACCUGAGCUACUAAGACGUUUACGAGAAGUAAUCAAAAGCCCAAAGAAGCGAAGCAGCAAAUGGAUAUCGACUUCUGUCCCUCAAGAUCGUUGGGAUCAACCUGAAGCUGUAUACUCCUCUGCUGAAUACCACACCAACAACUUGUUGAAACCAGUGCUUUUCGAGGAAACUUCAAAGAUGAUACCAGAUAACGCUAUAGUCGUUGAAAUAGCACCCCACGGUCUACUCCAAGCCAUUCUAAAGAGAUCACAUAAAGAAUGCACGCACAUACCUCUUACUAGACGGGGCAAUACUAACGGUGUGAAGUUUUUACUUGAAGCUAUUGGAAAAUUGUAUGAAGCCGGUAUUAAUCCCAGGGUGGAUGUCUUGUAUCCUAAGAUAGAGUUCCCUGUUUCUACAGAAACGCCUCUUUUGUCCCACUUUGUGGCGUGGGAACAUAGCGAGGAUUGGCCACAAAUGUCCUUCUUAGAGAAGGAUGAAGUACGAACAGCAAUGGAACGAAAAGUGAUUUUAUCUACACAUGAUGAUGACUAUAACUUCUUGGAGGGACAUUUGAGGAAUGGUGCCAACGUGUUGCCUGAGUCAGCGAUCCUGGUUCUCGUAUGGGAAACUCUGGCUAUGCACAUUGGUGUAAGCUACAGAGACCAGCCGGUUGUAUUCCGUGAUAUACACUUCCAUAGCGAAAUCGUUUUAAAACCAGAUACACCUCUACGCCUUACUGUUGCUAUUAAUAGAGGCAGUAAUAAGUUUGAGGUCAGCCAAGAUGACAUUCGCAUAGCAAGUGGCAUUGUAAGUGGUGUUAAAGUUGUAAAAUAUAAUCAAGACCCAGAAAUCAUGGAUAAAGACGAGGAAGAAAUCAUAUUGAAUUCCGAAGACGUGUACAAUAUAUUUAGAUCAAGAGGAUAUUCUUACAGGGACCAAUUUAAAUCCAUUGAAUUAUCAACGCUAGACCAUAAGAAAGCAUUUGUCCAAUGGAGUGGAGAAUGGGUGACGUUCUUGGAUUCCUUGAUACAGCUUAGUACACUAUCGAGAAACCAGGAAGGGAUAUCAACUCCUAAAUUCAUCAGGAAAAUAAGGAUCAGUAUUUUGGAACAGCAGAUUUCAAACAGUGUAGAGGUUAAUGGAACUAAAUGUUUCCCAGCGCAGUAUGAUGAUGUUCAAGGCGUUAUAAGAUGUGCUGGCGUCGAACUAGACAAUGUUACGUUUGUGGAUAAACCAGUUAUAAAUCAGCAGCCAGAAGUGUUGCUAACUAAAUCUUUCUACCCUCACUAUGCCAUGGACCAAGUUGACAUGAAAACAGCUCUCCAAAUAAUGCUCCAAAUCGUUGCUGAAAACACCACGAUGAAGAGGAUUAAGACAACUCAAAUCGUAACAUCGAAUACAAAUAUAAUUUGUAUAAUCAAAGGAAUAUCGACCUUAAUUCCAAACGUUAUGAUCGACGUGGCUUCAAUUAUAAAUGUCAAUAUUGAUUUAGAUACUUUGUUAAUUCAAAAUUCCGACGCAGAUAAAGCAAAUGUUUUUAUUAUUGAGGAUCUGUUUGGAAACAAAAAGAAAUUGAAUUCUUUAAAGAACAUAUCGAAUGAUAGUUUUAUAAUAGCCUUGGAAUGCGGAGUGCCAGCUUUACAAUCUUUGAACGAGAAUUUCACUAUCAUAAGUUCCAUGUCUGAUGGGAAGCAAAUAUUAAUAUUAUUGAAGCGGAGGAAUGCCAAGGAUGUUACUUAUGUGCCUGUAAAUUGUGAUAAUAAAUUGGAUUGGGUGUCGCGCGUGUAUGAUGAACUUAAUAAAACGAAGCGAGUGAUGCUAGUAUCUGAGCGGCAGCCAUAUUGUGGAGCUUUAGGUUUUGUGAACAAGUUGAAAAGUGAUGGUGAGGAUAAAAUAGGGUUGAUAGCAGUCGAUGAUUGCCAUGCACCAACCUUUGAUCCCAACAUCGGUAUUUACAAGCAUCAGUUGAAUAAAAAUCUAACUGUUAACAUCUUUAGAAAGGGACAAUGGGGAGGCUACUAUUACACUUCAGCCACAAAAUCGACUAGACUUCGUGAUGUAGCCCUGGUCAGUCCGAAUGGAGAUUUGGAAAACCUUAUGUGGGUUGAGGCUCCUAAUACAGUUACCAAACAUAAUUUGGUUAAGGUAUCAUAUGCUGGUAUAUCGUCUAAAGAUGUUCAGAAAGCCGUCAGCAACCUCGGUGAUGAUCUGAUACCACUUGGCAUGGACUUUAGCGGUACAAAUGCAGAUGGUGACAGAGUGAUGGGGCUGGUUCCUGGCAGUGCAUUAAGUACCACGGUAGAAGCUGAUUCAGAUCUUCUUUGGCCAGUACCAGAAUACUGGAGUCUUCAAGAUGCUGCUACUGUACCCUUACCUUAUGCAGUAGCUUAUUAUUGCUUGGCUAUAAAGAGUCGGCUCUUCAAAGGCCAGAGUGUAUUCGUGACGGGCGGUGCGGGUGCUCUAGGACAAGCUGUGAUAGCAGUAUGCCUGUCUUUGGAAUGUUUUGUAUUCACUACAGUCAGUAGUAUGAAGAAGAAGAGCAUGUUACUUCAACUUUUUCCGGGACUUAAUGAGAAAAAUAUCGGCUAUUCUCGGGAUGAUUCAUUCCUGAGUAUGAUUAAGAUGUAUGCACCUAAUAAAGGGUGUGACAUUGUCAUCAACUGCGCCAGUGGGUAUAUACGAGAAACUACAAUGAAGUGUACUGGAAAUAUGGGAUUCUUCCUAGACCUCAAUGCUUACGACAUGGUCGAGAACAAAGAUAUUGGAAUGUCUUACUUAGAGAAGGAUAGGUCAUACAAAGCUGUGAAUUUUUCUACCAUAUUUAGACCAGAAAAUGCUGCCGAGAAAAAGAUACUACAACGCAUGUUAGCUGAAGGUAUAGCAAACGGCACAGUGCGACCAAUAAGUCGCAUAGAAUAUACACCUACACAAAUCUCAAGAGCAUUUAGACUUGUAUCGUCCAGUAAGCAUAUAGGCAAAGUUUUAAUCAAAAUGAGCAGUCCAGAAGUUGUGAAAGGCUUUGAUGUUGUACCGAGUAUGAACUACAAUUCAAACGGUGUCUACAUAGUAGUUUGCGAUGACAAUGGCAUUGGUAUCGAGCUAGCGGACAGGCUGGUCAAGAGAGGAGCCAGGAAGAUUGUCCUACACACAAGAACUAAAGUCAGAGGAUACUGGCAUUCUAAAUUCACAUCUUGGGAGAAACAAAAAGUAACAAUAAAAAUUUCUACAGAAAAUCUGGAGUCACAGCAAGACUGCACUAAAAUGUUGAAAGAAGCUUCUAGGAUCGGUUUUAUUAGAGGAAUUUUCAUAGUUCCAGAUAUUGAGGACAAGAACGAUGAGAAGCCACUAGAUUUUGUCCGAGCGUUCAAUAAGACCACCUUUAGUGUUAUAAAUCUAGACUUGACGUCUAAAAACUAUUGUAAUGAGUUAAGCCAUUUCGUAGUCCUGUUCCCACCUUCUUAUGGUACUAGCAAUGAGUAUUCUUACUCAUUAAUAGAGAGAAUAUGUCAAAUGAGAAGUGAAAAUGGACUGCCAGCCCUAAUUGUACGAAUGGAUACUUUGACAGUGGGAGAUUCCAAGACAAUUUUGGAGCCACAAAAAUUAACGGCAUUCUUCAAUGGAAUGGAAAACAGUUUGAAAUUAAAAUACAACAAUGUCCUUACCUUAGGUUUGAAUGAAGAAAAUGUCGCGGACUAUGAGAUGAAACUAGCGAAAAUAUUUGGUGUACCAAAAAUCGAAGCUCUUCCAGAGCAUUUUACGGUUGGUGAUCUGCUCCUUACUAAAGAUAACUUAGUAGAAUUGCAGACUCUAAUCAGAAAUAUACAUAAGGUUGAUUAUCCUGUGGAGAAGAUUGUCAACAUGACUUUUGGAAGCCUCAAGAAUAUAAAGAACCAAAAUACAGCAGAACCAAAGAACUAUGAAGGUUUAGGAGCGUUUUAUACUUGUGUUGAUAAUGAAGAAGAGCAUUUGUCGACAUCACACCCCAUAGUGCCUAUGGUAACACUUCUGAACAAUGGAACUGAGACUGACCUGGACCCUCAAGAAACUUACUUGACCCUUAUACCAGGAUUUGAAGGUCGGUAUCAGAUCUUUAGUGGGUUGGCAGAAAGACUCAAAGUACAGGCGGUGGCUGUCCAAUUAACUGCUGAUAUAGAAGGAAACUGUAUUGAAGAAAUGGCUGCUACUGUUCGUAAGUUUAUGAAGACAAAAUUCGAGAGCAAAUCCAAAUUUUAUCUUCUGGGGUAUUCGUUUGGUGUAAAUAUCGCUUUGGAAGUGGCCGCCAUAUUAGAGAAAGAAGGACAUACUGGAGUCGUAUACUGUUUGGACAGCAGCCCAGAUGCAUUAAGAAUACAGCUUAAUUCAUAUUUAGGAGAGAUCUCGGAUACUGAGCUACAAAACGCGAUUUUAGAACACAUAUCGCAACUCAUUGCUGGAAAGGUGCCCGAAGAGUUGGCCCAAUAUUUGGAGCAAAUAAAUGAUUGGCCAACGAAAGUGGAUGCUUGUUUGUACACGUUGCGAGGAAUAGGAAACUACUCGCAGCAAUAUAAAGGGUCGUUAUUAGACUCUGCGUACCGAAAUAUUUUGUUAGCCAAAAAUUAUGAACCGAAGUUAAAAUUAAAUUCUGAAAUUGUUCUGAUAAAAGGAAAACCUGAAUUGCAAUCACAGAGUCUGUCGGCUGAUUAUAAUUUAUCAAAAUAUACUAAAAAUCCAGUCAAAGUGUACCAUAUAGAAUCUGAUCAUCCAUCAGCACCAUACGACAGUAGGGUAACAAAUAUUGUUAAUAAAUUGCUCGAUGAGAAUUUACUUAAAGAAUUUAAAAAUAAGAAUCUUUGUGAUAAGUAUAUCAUUCAGCCUAAAUAA